AUGGCCUCCGAAACUGGUUUCGAGAAUGGGUUCUCAGCGGAGCUUUAUGUAGCGCUGGGAGCUAUAUUCGCUACUAUCUGUGGAAUUUUCGCCCUGAACCGAUGCGCGAUGAGUAUUAUCUUGCUGCGAAAGCUUAAACUUGCGGACUUACCGGUAUUGGAAGGUAUCAUCAUCGUCGCUUGGGUUUCUACUACUGCUCUCUUUAAGAUUGAUCAUAGGGCUAUCGUAUCUACUGAUCGAUCAAAUCCGUUAGUCGUUGCUUGGACAAUAGCUGUGGACAUCCUUUACAAUGUCGCAUUAUGGUCGUCUAAAGCUCCCAUUUUACUUCUAUAUAUCGAGCUCUUCGGCGUUAAGCGUUGGCUACGCUAUUCGUCUUACGUCACUCUUGCUAUAACAAGCGUCGCUCUUCUGGUAGCAAUGUGCUAUACAUUCGGAAAAUGCAAUAUGGAGAUCGAGAUGAAUAGUCAGAACGUCGCUGCAUGUGUAGACCGUCUCAUGACCUCUAACCUCGUCUCGGGUCUUGUGUCGAUUAUCGCGGAUAUUGUCAUCCUUUGCAUUCCUUUCCGAGCUAUAUCUCAGUUGAAUCUCCUCACUGCCUAG